AUGUUUUUGAUUGCUGGUUUUGAAACAACAUCCACUGCUUUGGCAUGGUCUAUUCAUUUAUUAAGUAAACAUCCACAAGUUCAACAAAAGAUUAAAGCUGAAUUAAUCAAUGGCAAUGUUAAUCAAAUACUAACUGUGGAUCGUCUCGAUUCACUUGUUUAUUUGGAUUGUGUUAUCAAAGAAAUACUUCGUUUUUCUCCACCUGCUGACGGAACAGCUCGAACAUUAACUGCUGAUGAUCGCUUACCGAAUAGUGGUGUUCAAUUAUACAAAGGUGACCAAGUGAUUAUUCCACUUUCUAUUCUUACUCGUGAUAGUCGAUAUUGGAAAGUUGAUCCGGAAUUAUUCUAUCCAGAGCGAUUUUUAGAUGAAGAUAAAAAUCAUCAUCCAUAUGCAUUUUUGCCAUUUGGUGCUGGUCAUCGUCAAUGUAUUGGACAAGAUUUAGCUCGAUUUGAAUUGAAAGUGAUUCUUGCUAAGUUAAUGCAACAUGUAACAUUUGAAGAUGGUGGACCUGAAGUCAAUGCUGGUGGACAUUUGCAAAAAUUGACAAUCAGGCCUAAGCAUCGUAAAACAAUAGUUGAUCCAAAUAAUCGAGAUAUUGUUCAUCAUUUAGUGUUGUCAGAAUGUAAUCCUACAGCUGUAUUCGAUGAUAACAAUUUGCCAGAUGGUAUAUGUGAUGAUGUUAUUGAAAGUAUUUUUCCAUGCAUUGCAAGUAUUGCUAGUGUAUGGGCUGUUGGUGGUGAUGAAAUAGUGGAAUAUCCAGAGAUUGGUGGAUAUCCAAUAGGUGGCGAUUUUGAGAUAAAAUAUUAUAUGUUUCAAAUGCAUUAUGAUAAUCCAAAACUAAUACCUAAUCGUCGUGAUAAUUCAGGUGUCAGAUUUUAUCUUGGAAAAGAACUUCGUCAAUAUGAAUUUGGUUAUCUUACACUUGGUGCUGAUAUAACUCAUUCCGCAAUUGCUAUUCCACCAGAAACUGAUCGAUUUAUACUCGAUUCCUAUUGUCCAGCUGAAGUCACACAAAAUUUUUCUGAACCGAUUAUAACAGUUCUUGCUGCAUUUCCGCACACACAUUUACAAGGUCUUAGUAUGUGGACAAAGCUAAUUCGAAAUAAAAAAGUGACUGAAUAUUUGUUUAAUGCUGAAGCAUAUAAUUUCAAUUAUCAAUUUGAAAAUCUUUUACCAAAACCAAUUGAAUUAUAUCCAGGUGAUGAAAUAGCUACUCGAUGUAUUUACAGUACAACAAACAAAGCUGAUAUAACUUUAGGUGGUGAAAGAACGAAAGACGAAAUGUGCCUACAUUACUUCCUUUAUUAUCCUCGUUUGAAAAACUUUUAUACUUGUCUGUCAUUCAAUUCUCAAGAAGCAUGGGAAAAAGUAAUGAAUAGUUCUGAGUCAACAUUUGACUAUGCAAAACUUGGAAAAUGGUUAAAGGAGCUGAAAUGGACACAGGAAUCAGUAGUUCAAUGGCAAAAAUUCUUUAACGAUGCUCCACGUUCUAUUGUGGCUGGUGUGGCAGGCAAUUUUAAAUUGAUAAAUCUACCUAAAAUACCAGAAUAUGAAGACUUGAAAUCAGAAGAAUGUAAAACACGCAUUUCGAAUUCGGCUAUUCGUCAACGCUAA